GAAACGACCUCUCUGCAUUGAUCCACUUCCUCUUCACUUCAUCUGCCUCUUCAGCCGAGAACACAGCAACACUUUACCGCAGCAAACAAACAUGUCAGGGCUCCUGAGGACCAUCGCCAGGCGCGCAGCUCCCGUCCUGCGGGGACACACCGUCACCCAGAAGGCUAAUGUCUACAGCGCCCCGGCCAAGGAGAAGAUCGGCCCUCUAGAAACUGUUGUUGCACUCACCAUGUUCUCCCUGGCCAUCCUGGGACCAUCUGGCUGGAUCCUGUGCCACCUGGAGGACUACAAGAAGAAAGCAGCGUAGAAUGGACAUUUUAACAGUAUCAUACCUCGUGUCAACCUGGGACCAUCACCAGAACAUGGAACACGUUUUACAUUCAGCCUCUACCUCUCACAAUUCCACUCCACAUCCCAUACAGAAAGCAACUGUUUUACAAAAUUGACUGAUACAUGAAAACAUGUAUUGUGGUUCUUUCCUCUUAAACAGUAAUGUUACAACAAUAAAUGUUUUACAAAACUA